CCGCGGCACAAAUUUGGAAGGCGAGGAUCCGACGUUGUAACAGGAUCAUAGGACAACCGAGGAGGUAGCACGACCAUUUGAACCAGGGAAAAUUUUUGAGAGCGAGAAUUCGACUUUGUAACAGGAUCAUAGAACAAUCGAGGAGGUGGCACGACCAUUUCACCGCGGAAAAAAUGUCGAAGGCGAGAAUCCGACUUUGUAACAGGAUCAUAGGACAACCGAGGAGGUAGCACGAUUAUUUCACCGCGGCAAAAACUCGAAGCCGAUAAUCUGACUUUGUAACAGGAUCAUAGAAUGACUAAGGAGGUGGCACGCAAAAAUCUUCACACGUCUUCUCACGUCUUUUCCCGACUUCCUUCGUUUUUCCGCGUUGUUUCAGAAAUGAAUAUUAACUUAGGUGUAUGGGCGAUUAUUAAGACUCAGUAAGAUGCGAUUACCAGGUUCUCAAGACUUAUAACUCUAAUUAAAUGCACUCAUUGCUACAUGUCGACCCUUUAUUUAUUCGUAAAGACAGAUUACAGUAUAGUUGCUCAAUAGCGUGGGUACAUCCAUUCACAAACGCGUCUUAAAAAUUAAUAGUAUAUUGGCCGAUCUUGUCAGCAGCUUCUUUUUCCUCUUCUGCUUGGGAUCAUCAGGAAUUUCCGAGCAUCUACUCCUGCUUCGUUGCGACGUGACGUGAGUGUGCUGCCUCGAGGCAGUGCAGCAUCCUAGAUAAGUUUGUCCUUGUUGCACUCGUUGAUACUUAGCGGGUGCGAGAGAGACAGCCUGGUCUCUCAUGAAGUGAACAGGGGAACAGAUCGGACACGUUCUUGGACUCCUCUCUUAGAUAAUGCGCCAUCCAAUUGUCAGACCACGGAUAAGGAUGCGCGCUGACUUCUCAGUUUCUUGAUCAGCUGUUCGCAGUUACCAGCUACGUAGUCUGUCACAAAUAUCGAGAUUAUGGAAAGCCAACCGUUAACCAAGGGCUCCGACAAGCCGCCGCCUUAUUCCUCCAUAAUUAAUCCCCAGGAAUGCGUUACCUUGCAUCCACCGCCAGGCUACUAUCCCAACACCGGAGUUACUAACUCGCAGGGCUAUGGCGCCGCUCCUUCGACCACCGUCAUCAUGCCGGAGAUCAUCGUCAUUGGCACCUGUCCGGCAUGUCGAGUCGGCAUACUAGAGGACGACUACACUUGUCUGGGUCUGCUCUGUGCAAUCUUCUUCUUUCCCCUGGGAAUACUUUGCUGCCUACUGAUGAAGAACCGACGAUGUUCUAACUGCGGAGCGUACUUUGGCUGAUCGUUCAUGAUGCUAUCGAAGCAAUACCGUGGGAGGGACGAUCGAACGGAAAUAUUCCGAGUUGUUGGAACGCCCUUAGAACCUCAGGCAACCCAGGAUGCUAUGAUCCAGAAUUUAGUAUUUAUAAGAUAUUGCGCUGUCCUUCCAAUUUUGUACUUGCUGCACUAAUCGGCAUCGUCCCUCUCUCCAAGCGAUAAAUCCUGCAGUCGAUGCAAAAGCUCGACUGCUAGCUAAUAAGUCAAAGACCUGGAAAAAAUAAUGGUCAGGUAAUAGUUACUCUAAGAACAAAGGAAGGAUACAAAGUACCCCUUUAAUGUUAAUAUAAUUAAUUCAUCGGCAAUCUCGCAGGACUACCGUGCGCUUCCUUACGACAUUGCCGAAUGGAAAACUAGACCUUAAGCUAGAGUUUAAUACGUACUAUCUUCCCUUGCGACGCAAUGCAAGGUAGGCCUAGUUGACUGCUUCGCAGUAACCUCGUUGAACAAAUCUCAGGUACAAUCUCCAUGCGGAAUCAGCUCCCAUCGAUGGAGACGGAAGUAGAACCGGUGGUUCCGAUUCCUGAACGCCUACAAAGGGAAAAAGGAAAUGAUCUUAAUUGUAAUUAGGCUACCGUUCCUUGGAAACAAGUCGCGGCGUACGCGCCUUCCCACGCGUAGGUACUGUAUACAUUGUACGUAAAUUCCGCAGAAUUGUUGAAUAUAUAUUUUUAACGAUAA